UAUCUGCGUGAGUGUGCGUGUGUGUCUCCUUGUAAUCUACAGCCGUACCUGUGUGUACACGAUCUAUCGGUCACUAUCCUCGCUGUCAGACAGCUAUCUCCCUUUCUAAGCCACUUAGCGUUCCUUUCAGCACCCCGGACAGCUCCGGUACAACUGCUCAUUCAUUCCUGUCAAUCCGAGAACGUGACGAGACAGCAGAACCAAUACCAGAACACAUUGUGCUCUGAAAAGCCAAAAAGAACCCCUCCAAUUAUUAUAAUAAGAGGCGGGACUCACUUAUCUCUUACCUCCUCCAUAGAACAGGCCGCUCACAUUGCGUUGUAGCUGAAUCUUUAAAGGAGGGGUGUAAAAAAAAAAAAAGAGGUAAAGAGGAGCAAAAGGAAGGGAAGUGCCAGAUAGGCUGUGAGCAUCUUGUGGGGUGUUGUGUAUACCGUGCAUCUUGGAGUGCGUACAGUUAAAGCGCCCGGUGCUGUGGCACUGGCAUCUCUGUAGGCUGAUCGAAGAUCUUCAGGACUUCAUAGACACAAGGACGCUCUAAGCUUCCCAAAUUCACAGUGACGUUGUGCAUUCUUAGCAGUGCUAUGGAACAGGAGAAAUAUUUGCCAGAGCUGAUGGCAGAGAAGGAUAGCCUGGAUCCAUCUUUUGUUCAUGCUAUGCGCCUCUUGGCUGAAGAAAUUGAAAAGUUUCAAGAUUCCGAGGUAAAGAAGGAAGACGAGGAAAAGAAAUAUCUAGAUAUAAUAAGCAACAAAAACAUCAAACUAUCUGAGAGAGUAUUGAUACCAGUAAAGCAGUAUCCAAAGUUCAAUUUUGUUGGAAAGUUGCUUGGACCAAGAGGGAAUUCUUUGAAGAGGUUACAAGAAGAAACUGGGGCAAAAAUGUCAAUCUUGGGUAAAGGUUCAAUGAGAGACAAGGCAAAGGAAGAAGAAUUAAGGAAGAGUGGGGAAGCGAAAUAUGCACACUUGAGUGAUGAACUUCAUGUAUUAAUUGAAGUGUUUGCUCCACCGGGAGAAGCUUAUUCACGCAUGAGUCAUGCUUUAGAAGAGAUUAAAAAAUUCCUUGUUCCGGAUUACAAUGAUGAAAUUCGGCAAGAGCAAUUAAGAGAAUUGUCAUAUUUAAAUGGAUCUGAAGACUCGAACCGAGGAAAGGGUACAAGAGGUAGAGGGGCUAGAGUGCCGCCCACUACUGUCAGGAAUAGAGGCGGUGCAAUUCCUCCACCUCUGUCUGGCCGAGCCAGUACAGUCCCCAGAGGUGCACCUGUGGCACGCGGAGCACUGCCACUUCCACCAGUAGCUCGGGGAGUCCAUACGCCAAGAGCUAGAGGAGCUCCAAAUGCACCAGGAUAUCGUUCAGCACCACUACCACCUGCUCCUGAAUCUUAUGAUGAAUAUGGUUAUGAUGAUGGAUUUGGUGAUGAUUAUGAUGAGCACAAUUACGAAGCCUAUGACAACAAUUAUGAAAUGCAAACCGAAAGUGUACCAGAAUAUUAUGAUUAUGCACAUGGUACAACUGAAGAGAGCUACAAUAAUUAUGGGCAAGAAUGGACCACAUCCCGAUCCAGCUUAAAAGUACCACCUCAAAGAACAUCUAGAGGAGGCUACCGAGAACAUCCGUAUGGUAGAUAUUGAAGGCCUCCUGCACAUUUGUGGCCUCAUCUUAAAGACAAUUAAUAGCCUUACGGCUCUGCAUAAACAGCAACAUGACAAGUAAUAGUCCAUUUUUAUCUUGGGGAAUUAUUGUUUUUGGUUUCCCUAUACACUUCCAGACAUUGGUGUGACAUUGGCUUUAUAUUUAUUUUCUAACAUGGACUCAGCAUUUUUGCAGAAUCAUGUAGUCCAUAAACCAUGAAACAGGAUAAUGUUCUCGUGGUUGUGAUUCAUUGUGGUGUAUUACUUUUUAUAAAAGCAUGAAAGUGUUCUAACUAUGAAUUCUCUUGAUAAAUUCGGAAAAUGCAAAGCCUGUUUUUUUGUGUAGGGUCGCUAAACUAUUGUAAUAUGAUUUUGACCAGAAAAUAAUUAAAUUGUAGAUAAAGUGUUUUAAACUGAAUUUUUAAUAUAUGUAAGAAACAAGAUGUUCAAUAUUAAGUUUGUAAAUUUAAUUUAAAAUGCUGUUUUAAUGGGCUUGAAAUCCAAACUGGCUACUGUAUGUAUGUAGCUAACUGAAUUUGUUCAGUGUUUUAAUCUGUACUUGUUAAAACAAUCACAUAAGAGUCAAUGUGUAAUCUUCUCUAAAUAGGAAAUCAUAACUUGUCAAAUAUGUUUGCCAUAAUUUGUCAAUAAAGCUGAAACUUUUUGUAAGAAACUAAA